AACAACACCCUAGCUCAGCUGGUCCAACUCAGCCUGGAACCCAGCCUUCCACACAGGGAUGCCCCUUCAACUCGCAGAAUAGUCAAGCACCCAACAUGUCCAGUCAGCUCUACAAAGCCAUCACAGCCAGCCAGCCUACCAGCAACAGUCUCAAAAUACUCAUGCAACAAUCACAGACAAAAUCUGCCCAGAUGCAGAUGAGCAAAGGCACCCCCUGCAACAUGGGUCCAGAAACUUUCUCUUUGAAUAACACCAAGCCUUUGCGGCAUUUUGAUCCUGAACCUCACGCAUCCAAAAUGGGGACCAUUCCCUUGGGUGGAUUCCACAACGGCAGCAUGCAGUCCAUGGCACCUACGUCGGCCCCAGGGCAUGUACAUCUGCUUCAACAACGCAUGCAGAGAGGGAUGCAGGCAGAUAGCAUGUUACCCCAUUGUGGAGAGGAACAGAAUGUAGGGAUGGUGCCGCAUCUUCAAGACCCCUCUGCAGGGCCUCGUGCAGGGCAGACCAGUAACUAUAAUAUGCUGCUGAGGACUCAACUAAUGAGGAAGCAGGAAAAGCAAAGGCAGAUAGAGCAAAUGAAUGGGGGACAGAUGCCAGAUUGCCAGCAGGUGGCACCGUUUCAAGGUCCAGGUAGAACUAUACCCCCUGAAUGUAGUGGUUACCCUAUGGGUGCACCCCAGCAUCCCAACCCCGCCAUGAUAUCCCACAGUGGCUCCAUACUACCCAAUCGCAUGAAUCUUCCCCCUGGAUCUUUAUCCCAGGUGGGCCACUCUGGUCCCUACAUGGGUGCAACUGGCCCCAAGCAACCAUUCUACCAUUCCUCACAAGACUUAGGGAUGCCCAUGCGCCCAAGCCAGAGCUUGAUGGGAGUGGGAGGUCCUCCAAGACAGCCUACCCACCCAGGACACGUUGUAGCUCGACCGGUGAUUCCUGGACCAAGCUUGGGAGGGGGUCCAACUAACCACCUCCGGCAAGCUUUGCAUCAAGGCACCACUAUUCCUCCACGCAUGAUGUGUGCCUCUCAACAGCAACCACAUUCACAAACCCAGCUGUGGCAGAGCCAACAAGGGGCACACCCACACAUGGACCCUGUAAACCACCAGCACCUCUUCCCCAGUGGAGGAGCACCUCCAGGUUGUGGAGCACCUCAGUACCCACAGAGACCAGGAAUGCCAGCCAACUUUGCUGCUGCUCGACCUCCGCCAAACCAGCUAGCUCCAGGCAUGGUAAGCAGACACAUGCAAAAGAUGCCCCCUGGGCAACCUCUUCCCUCCAUGAGCCAGCAGGGCCUUCGGAUGCGGGGUCCUCUGACCACUUUGGACAUCAUGAAGCCUGGAGCUCCGGCUAUGAUGGACCCAGUUCAUGGCAUGGCACCCCCAAGCUAUCCCUCAGUGGACAAACACAGUCUGACGCAAGGCUACAGUUCUGGACAAAAUCCAGGAAGUAAACUAGCCUCCUAUGACUAUCCAGCCCAGCACCAGAGCAAUGGAAGCAUGACUGUAGGACCUCAAGGACCCGUGGGAGCUGGAGGAGGCGAGGUGGACUUCAUAGACACUUUAGUGGGUUCCAAUGAUGACUGGCUCAACAACCUUAACAUGAUUGAUGAAUACCUAGAGCAGAACUCAUAGGGAAAGUCAAAAAAUUGCUGGGCAGCUAGAAAUCCAUUGUUUGAGAAGGUACCAAACCAAGCCUGUAUAACUAUCCUAUACAAGUGAGAAUUGAAAGGUUGGAAUCAGACACUGCUAUGUGCCUGUAAUGAAGCUGGUCACUGAGAUCUGGGCUACUUUUUAACAAUUUUGCAGUCAUGGCUAGGGUCAGAAAACAGUGCCCCUGAAAGGCAUUUAUAAUAGUCAACACCUAGUAUGCUGGCUGCCCUAAAGUUCUCAUGUCAAAGAUUGCUCAAGGGUUUGCUCUCUAAAUAAUUGUGCUUUAACUGUCUUUAAGGACAGUUGAUAAUCUGCUUCCGCUGGGCUUGGACACUGUGUAAUGAGCUGAUCAGUGUUUUCACAGCAAAGCAAAUGAGGGCAUUCAUUCAUGAAAUAUAAUAACCUGGUGCAGUUCACAUGGUUGGACCACAUCAAAAAGCUUGAUGGCUUGUUUAUCACCGUGGAAAUACACCUGAUGUAGUAAUUUCUCAUGUGAGCUGUUUGGUGGUAUUUCAAAAGGGGCUUAAUUAUGUACAUGGUAAACUAUUUUGUAAAAUAUGUUUUCGUAAACUGUAACAUAUAAAAGGGAAGUAGACAUAUUUAUACUUCUUUUGUGCAAAUACAUUCUUUAGAUUUCCUUUGUAAAUAAUCAAAAUGAUAAGUAUAUGAAGAAGACGAAAACAAUGUUGUAAAAUAAAACAAUUCAAUUGAUCUUGUAAACUCUAUUGUAAUUUGUAAUAUGCAAGACAAUAUUGUUAGUUUUUGCAGUAAUACUAUGUAUUACAUUGUUGAAAUAUUCGUUAUGGUUUUGACAUAACUGGACUUCUGGUACUCCUGUGUGGCUAAAGAAAAUUUGUGAGGUCAAUUUCUGACACUACUUGCACUACAAAAGUCCAGUGGUCCCCUAUUUGUGUCUUCUAUUCCAACACAUUUUGCACUAGACAUUGUUCUUGUCUUUGUCAUAAUCUGUAUCAUGUGGGGAUAUCUGCCUGACAAAGGGGUCACAUCAUAUAGGGAUUUUAUAUCUUUAGGUGCAAGUAUGUACACAUUACUCAUCUAUAUGUCAACAUUAGUGUACAAAAUCUACACUAAGCCUAUUCAAGUUUUCAGCAUUUUGAAAAUACUGUACCACCAUCCAUUAUGUAAGAGAUUUGCCACAAAUACCACUUAAAACUGCAUACACUAGCCCCAAGUGUUUUGUGCCAGAGUCCUGGGUUUCCCUUUGUUCGUGGUCUUUUGGCUAAGGGCAUGAACUUUAGGCCAUUCUGAUUUGUGCUUUCUCUGUGAUUAUUCAAUUUUGUCUUGUUAUUUUUUAGAUUGAACAAUAAACUGUAUAAAUGCAAAAAAUGGGUGAUGGGUGCUUUUUCAUAUUGAUUUCAGUUUGCAAUUUUUUUAAAUCCUUAUUUGCACACAUCCUGAUUUUGAUCCAAAGCUGUUAAAUAGAUUUUGGCUCCCUGGACGUGUUUGCUCUUCAAGUAGCAAAGUAGCCACUAGAAACAAAUCACAGAGUAACUAACAAAUGAGACAUGAAUCAAGUGAUCAUAAUUUAGUUUAAUUGGUGAUCUGAAGUGAUCUAUAGUGCAUUAUCCUUGAUUGAUGCAGUUCAUGUUUGGACAAGGCCAUGUGUGUCCUGUUAGAUCAUUAAUAUCAUUACAUCACUGCUAUAUCAUUACUACUGAUUACCCAGUCAAGUUCCCUAAAUGUUACGAAGUCUGUGUACAGCAUGUGAAAUGUUAAAAUACUGAAAGCUAUAGAAGAGGCUAGAAGACUAUAUCGGCACUGUAUUAUACCUGUAAGUCUUAAGUACUCUAGUAGGCUAGACAGAGAAAUGUUAAUAAAUGUCAAACGCCCUUAUUAAAUUCAGAAAUACUAUAUAUGGAGUAAUAUUUUAAAAUAAAAUACCACUUAUGUUAACUACUUAAUGUUACUUAAAAAAUACUACUAUGUUGUUUUAUUGGCAUUUGCCAUUUAAUAAAUACACUGGGGAUUCUACAUUAUUGCUUACACCUCAAAUCUGUCAUUUAUUGAUCUAAUAUCAAGUAAGGUGAGCAGCUUUGCUGGGUUAUUAUUACAUCACGAUCCCAGAUGACUGUUCAGAUUCUGCAUUAAAAUUAAAUAAGCACCUUGUUCUGUAGGUAAGAACAAGCCUCCAAUAUAUCCACAGCAAACAGAAACAGCAUGGCUUUUUGCAGCAGCCAGGUUUCUAGGAACCUUGUUUCCUGUUCAUAAUAUUUUAUGCGGGCAGCACUGUGCUGCAGUGGGUAGCGUUGCCACCGCACACUCUCAGCAGUGGGGAUGUGCCCAGUGUCCCCAGGAUAUGCUCUGGAUCCAUCAUCACCUUAACAAUGAUGAUCUACUUAAAGUAUGUGUAUUAAUGUGUAUUACAAUGGAAAUACGAUCACAAUUCAAUACAAUUGCAAGACCAACUAUGAUACACUAUAUGGCCAGAAGUUUAUGGACACCUGACCAUCGUACCCAUAUGUGCUUACCGAAGAUCCCAUUCCAGAUUUAUUCCUCCUUUGCUGCUAUAAUAACCUCCACUCUUCUGAAAUGGCUUUCCACUAGAUUUUGGCACGUGGCUGUGGGGAUUUGUUCUCAUUCAGCCACAAGAGCAUUAGUGAGGUCAGGCACUGAUGUUUUGUGAGGAGGCCUAGGGUGUAGUCAACAUUUCGGUUCAUCCAAAAGGUAGUUUCAGUGGGGCUGUGGUCAGGGCUCUGUGCAGGAAACUCGAGCUCUUCCACUCCAACCUUGACAAACCAUUGUAUUCAUGGACAUUACUUUGUGUACAGGGGCAUUGUCAUGCUGGAACAGGUUUGGUCUAGACCCCUUAAUUCUAGUGGUGGAAAACUAUCAUGCUACACCAUACAAGGGGCAGUGGUGGCUUGGCGGUUAAGGUUCUUGGUUACUGCUCGGAAGGUCGGGGGUUCAAGCCCCAGCACUGCUAACCUGCCACUGUUGGGCCCUUGAGCAAGGCCUUUAACCCUCGCUGCUCCAUGGGUGCUGUAUCAUGGCUGACCCUGUGCUCUGACCCCAACCUCCUGACAUGCUGGGGUAUGCGAAGAAAAAGACUUUCACUUUGCUGUAAUGUAUAUGUGACCAAUAAAGACUCAUUAUCAUUACAAAGACAUUCUAUACAAUUGUGUGCAUCCAACUUUGUGACAUGAGUUUGGAGAAGAUCUAUGUAAAAUAGUGCUGAAUAUUUACAUUUUACUGCGCUUAAUUCAGCAUACAUUUAUAGCAUACAUAAGAAUCACACAGGACCUGCUAGUUGGUGAGAUCUUCCUGAUAGCAUCAACAUUCUGAACACUCCACUGCAUCUCGCUUCUUUAUUUUUGUUUAAUUUGUUUCACUCUGAGGUCAAGAUGAUAGUUUUGCUUCCACAUUGCUUGCUGAUACACUGUUGCACCUGCAUUUGUUUCCUUAGAGAUGAGAAAUGUAGAUGUACAAAGAGUAAUGUAUGUCAAAUGGGCCACAAACUAUAACACUGUGACAUUAUUAACUGCAAACACAGUGCAUUUACACGCUCAAUUGCAUAGUGUAGAAAGCAAGUCAAAAGCAAAGUGUUCCUUUAGUAAUGACACAGCAGCUCUG